AAUUAAUGUAAAUCAAUUGACAAAUAUUAAUACUGCAAUAAUAUAGUAUCAUAAUUUUUAGAUUUGUUAAUUAUAAUAUAGUAUAAAAUGGCUCCAGUGCCUUUAGAGGGACAUCAAACUCCUGUAACCAACAAUAUCCCACAGGAAGGAAAUCGUGGUGGUUCUAUUUCCCUUGGCAUGCUUAUUGACUUCAUUAUACAACGUACUUAUCAUGAACUCACAGUUUUAGCUGAAUUAUUACCUCGGAAAACUGAUAUGGAACGUAAAAUAGAAAUUUAUAACUUUUCAGCCAGAACUAGACAAUUAUACGUACGCUUAUUAGCAUUAGUUAAAUGGGCUAACAGUGCUUCCAAAGUUGAUAAAUCUGCGCACAUAAUGGCCUUUUUAGACAAGCAGUCACUGCUUUUUGUUGAUACAGCUGAUAUGCUUGUUGCUGCAGUAGAGGUUCUUACAACUGGAACAUAUAGUCGUCUACCAGCAUGCAUAAGAGUAAUUUUAAUAUAA